AUGCCUACCAUCGUGCACGACCUCGACUCCAGCUCCGCUUAUGUAUGGAUCGCAAACGCGUACUUCCUCACUAGCACUGCUUUUCAGCCGCUCUAUGGCCAGUCGGCGAAUAUAUUCGGCCGGCGCAGUCUGAUUAUUCUCUCUGUUGUUCUCUUCGCCAUCGGAUCUGCUGUCUCUGGCUCUGCCAGGUCUACGAAUGUCCUGAUCGUCGGACGUACGAUCCAGGGCGUAGGAGGCGGAGGUAUCAACGUGCUCGUUGAUAUCAUAGUGUCGGAUCUGGUGCCUCUGCGUGAGCGGCCGAAGUAUAUGGGGGUCAUAUUCAGCGUGUUUGCGGUGGCGUUGAGUCUUGGUCCUGUGAUCGGUGGGAUCAUGACGCAGCGGGUGACCUGGCGGUGGAUAUUUUAUAUAAAUUUGCCGAUCUCGGGAGCUGCGCUGGUGCUUCUGAUGAUGUUUCUGAGGACGGAGUAUAAGAAGGAUUCGAUACGGGAUAUGUUGAAGCGGGUGGAUUUUGCUGGGAAUACGCUUCUCGUUGCCUCGGUGCUCGCGGUUCUGUUGGCUUUGACGUGGGGUGGGACGGAGCAUCCCUGGUCGUCCUGGAGGACUAUCCUGCCGCUUGUGCUGGGGAGUCUGGGCCUGGUUGGGUUUAUGGUGUUUCAGGCGUCAGGGAAGGGAGUGGAAGAACCGACGAUGCCGAUUCGGUUGUUUGCGAAUCGGAGGUCGCUGGCAACAUUUGGGCUGACGUUUUUGCAUGCCAUCCUCACGUACUGGAUGACAUACUUUCUUCCGGUGUAUUUUCAGGCGGUUUUGGAGGCGUCGCCUACGGCCUCUGGGGUGGAUUUCCUUCCUAGUGCUGUUGCGGCGAUCCCGUUUGCGAUUCUUGCCGGGGCGGGGCUGUCUAUAUUGGGCCGGUAUCGCCCGUUUCAAUUUAUUGGGGUCAUCUUGCUGACUAUUUCUUUUGGGUUGUUGACAAGGCUGAACGCGAUGACUUCGACGGGGUAUUGGGUUGGGGUACAGAUUCUCGCGGCAGCUGGGAGCGGAGUGCUUCUUACAACCACGUUGCCGGCCAUUCAGGCCCCGUUGCCUGAGGCGGAUGUAGCUGUUGCAACAGCUACCUGGGCGUUUUUGCGCAGUUUUGGGGGAGUUUGGGGUGUGGCGAUACCGUCGGCUGUAUUCAAUUCCAGAGUGAAUGCUUUGGUGGAUCGCGUAAAGAGUUCUGUACUGCGGGAAGAGUUGAGAAAUGGUGGGGCAUAUGCACUGGCGUCGAAGACAUUCAUGCAGUCUUUGGAUUCAACGCCUGGUGUUAAGGCGCAGGUCUUGGGGGUUUAUGUUGACAGUUUGAGGUUGGUGUGGCAGGUAGGAAUCGCGUUCGGGUUAUUGGCGUUUGUGGUAGCUUUCAUUGUCAAGGAGGUGCCGAUGCGGGAACAGCUUGAGACAAAGUUUGGCCUGACUGGUAGGGAAGAUGAUGGCUGCAGCAGUGGGGCACCUACUGAGAGCGCCGAGAAACAUGUAUGA